AUGAAUCACAAGUGUAGUUGCGGUGCGUUUGCGUACGCGCUGGAAACGACGCGGAGGAGACAGCAGUUGGAACCGAGAUGGGACCGUCGCAAGCUGCAGCGAUGGGUGGUUCCAGCAAAGGUUUCACCACGCUCCAAGCCGCUACGCACCAACGAAGCGCCUCGAGAGAAGCCGCAUACGCAAUUGCAUAACGUAAAAUCUCGAUGUGAACGUAAAGUUACGUUGUUCACUACGCAACAGUACGCGACAGUUAACAUGAUUCAAGUGACACAAACACCAAAAUUCAUAGCAUUGUGGAGAAGUGUGAACAAAUACAUUAGUAAUGACGGAUACUUGAAUACCACUCAUUUCGAGCUGUACAACUUCACAAGUGGUUGGACGAGCAAGGUCCUUUCCGGCAGAGAGCCGGAGGACCAGGCCACCUCGGCGAAGUAUAUUAAUGAGCUGAAUAACAUAAGUCUCGUGCAGGUGGUUAUAUUACUACAAUUUACCACCGCGCUUUCUCUUGUCAUCUUCUCUGUUGUGGGAGUGUCUGUCAAUCAGCCAAUAGGUUUUCUUCUCCUUCUUGCAUUACUACAAUUCCUCAUCGCAAUACCAGGAUUUGCAUAUCAUUUCAGUGGAAGGAAAGCUCAUUUCCUCGCUUAUCUUAUUUUCGAAGUAAUCACAUUGGCUAGUGAGCUGAUAUGGUUUGUAUACAGUAUCGCCACAAGUACUUCUACGUUCAUUACCGCUCUCAUCCUUAUCGUGCUUAUCUUUGUACAGACUAUUGCUAUUCUCUCAGCAACACUUUUCAAAAAUGUGAUUGUAAAUCUUGAAAAUUUGCAACUCAAAACACGCAAAAAACACGAUGAGAAAGAUGAUUCUAUAGAAGAAAGUAGAAAAUCACGUUCUUUGUCACCAAGUGCAUCGAAACCCGUCUCAUCUGCAAGGGAUGAGACAACUAGCGGUUCUACACGACGCAAAAUGACAUCCAGAGAAAUGGAACAAGGAAUUGAUAAAAGCACUCGAAGAACUCAACCAAGAAAGAAACACUCUGUAAACGAGGAAUCAUUACGAAAAUUCAAAGAGGGCCGAAGAAAGAUGAAAGAAUUAGCUGAAAAAUUGAAAGAGAAAAAGAGUCGGAAGCAAGAAAUAAAGUCCGGAAAUGAAAAUUCUGAGAAACAAGGUGUUGGCACAGGUUCCAGUGGAGUACAAAGUACGGAUGUUUCCUCAAAUGUAUCACGUAGCACUGAAAGUGUCAAUGGAAAAGCAAACGAUGUAAAAUUUGUAUCACCUCUUGGAACCGCAAGAGAUCCCUCUGACCUAUAG